AUGGACUUCACCUUGGAAAAUUGGGAGCAGCUGGGGCUGGACCCAGGAGACCUGUUCUGGGACACGCUGCUGGACAAUUACCGAGACCUCUUUCUGCUGAACUCCUACUUCCGCAUUCCCAACAGGGUUAUUCUUUCCCCGACAGACCCCCUGAGAUCCGCCCAGCUCUCCUGUCAGUGUCCUGAUGAUGUGGAAAAGCUGGAAGCCCAGGCCAGAAGCAGCCCGGAAACAAUGGGCCCCGAUGACCCAGUGGAGCGCCUGGUUCAGGAACUCAAGCAAGGCCCUACUCCCUGCUCCCUGCCACCCACCACGGGGGCCUCUGUGGAGCAGGAGCCACCUGCGGGGAGCCUCAUGCCAGCCCUGUCCCAGGGGUGCCACAGCGAGUUAGGCCAGAGGCAGCCAGAUGGCGUGUGUGGCGAGGAGCAGCCCUUCAAAUGCAGCGAGUGUGGUGCGUGCUUCAGCGACACCUACUGUCUGAUCCAGCACUGGGCUGCCCACGCCCAGGCCGAGCUCCCAAGGCCGUGCGAGGACCCCUACGGGAGAGUGUUCCUCCAGACUCUGGGCCUGGCUGUGCAGUCUGCUCCUUCUGCGCCCUACAUGUAUGACAAGCACGAAGGGACUUUCAGUCAAGAUACACAGCUGCUGUGGCACCAGCAACCCCAUGCCUGGGAUGAGCCGAGCCUCAUCUGGGAGACCAACAGCCCUACAGGCCCUGACACACAGCCCAUGGCCCACAGCUGCAGCCAGCUCCUCCUUAUCACUCAGCACCACGGGACCCACACCCAGGACUUUAGCUCUAGCCGGGAGGCCAACAGCCCCACGGGUCCUGACUCACAGCCCAUGGUCCACAGCUGCAGCCAGCCCCUCGUUCGGCACCAUGUGACCCAGGCACAGGAUGAGACAAGCCCAAGCCAGCAGGCUGACGGCCUCACAGGCCCUGACACACAGCCCACGGCCCACAGCUGCAGCCAGCCCCUCGUUGUCUCUCAGGACCGCAGGACCCAUGUCCGUAAAUGCUACCAGUGCUCCGAGUGCCCGGAGAUCUUCAGCCUGAGCAAGCUCUUCACUCGGCAUCAGAGGAUGCACGUGGCCACCAAGGCCAAGGCCGUGGCUGCAGCCACGUGCCAACAGUGUGGGAAGACCUUCAGACGGAGCGUGUUGCUCGUGACACACCAAGCCAUUCACACUGGAGAGAAGCCUUACAGAUGCACCGAGUGCAACAAAGCCUUCAGCCACAUGGCCACCCUGCAGAUCCACCAGCAGGUACACAGCUUCGGGAAGCAGUUUGCCUGUAAGGAGUGCGGGAAGACCUUCAGUCGCAGCACCCACCUCUGUGAACAUCAGCGCGUCCACACAGGCUACCGACCCUACCAGUGUCGCCAUUGCAUGAAGACCUUCAACCGGCCUUCCCACCUGCAGCACCACCUGUCCACGCAUGUGGGUGAGGCACCCUACCACUGCCCACGGUGCCCAGCCACCUUCAGCCACCAAGAGCUGCUGGCACAACACCAGGUGGCCCACAGCGCAGAGGCCCGCAACAUGUGUCAGCAAUGUGGGGAGCGCUUCGUCUGCAGCUCCACCCUGAGCUGCCACCUUCAGGCCCACACCAGCGAGAGAGCGGUCCCCAGGGAGCCCCGGUGUCUGGCUGUGAAGCACUUCAAGUGUGACAAGUGUGACAAAGACUUUGGCCGCAGCAAGUAUCUGACCCAGCACAAAAGGACCCAUGCCACUGUGAAGCCCUUCGUGUGCGCUCCGUGUGGGAAAGCCUUUGGCCACAGGGCACAGCUGGCCCGCCACCAGAGCUCUCACUCGGGGCCGAAGGGCAGCGAACCAGGGAGUACCAUGCCCCAUGGGGCCUCCAGCCUGGAGCAGCAGCCCUGGCUGUUGACUGAGCGUCCCUCGCAGAGCACAGAGAGCAGCGAUGCCACCUUUAGCCAGGGCACUGCGGGCCACCAGUCAGAGCACCUCUGCAAGAGGGCUUGGCCCUGCGACCAUUGUGACCGAGUCUUCACGCACCGGCGCUACCUGGCCCGGCACCAGGGGACGCACGCUGGGCAGCGGCCAGUGGAGUGCCACGAGUGCGGGAAGACGUUUGACCGGAGCGCCAGCCUCGCCAAGCACCGGAGGAACGUCCACAGCGGGGAGAAAGCACACGUGUGUGCUAUCUGCAGCAAGGCCUUUGCCCAGCGCGCCCAGCUGCUCCGGCACGAGAGGGUCCACACUGGGGAGAAGCCAUACAUGUGCCCGCGAUGUGGGAAGGCCUUCAGCCAGAGCUCGUGCCUCACCAUCCACCAGCGCGUGCACACUGGGGAGAAGCCCUUCACGUGUGAGCAGUGUGGGAAGGCCUUCGCUCAGAAGGCGCAGCUGGGGCAGCAUGCACGGACGCACAGCGGGGAGAAGCCGCACUCCUGCGCCGAGUGUGGCAGAGCCUUCGCCCUGCACGCCCAUCUCAGCCAGCACCAGAGGACACACACACAGGAGCGGCCCUACCAGUGUCCCCUCUGUCCCAGGGCCUUCACCUGCUGCUCAGGACUCAGCCGCCACCAGCGGACGCACAAGGCUGGGCCUCGGCUGGACUGUCCGCCGUCCCUACAGGAGCAGUAAGAGAC